AUGAAGAUUAGGGCAAUCACCAAUUCUAGGAUCAAACAUGCAAAUAUACAUGAUGACAUAAAGGACAUUUAUACGGUCUCAGUUUUCUUCUGGCAUUCCAGAGACGAUAAACCUCUCAUCAUACAGCUGGGAAGCGACGAUGAAUAUUAUAUAACAAACAACGGAAUCGACUGGAAAAGGAACCCAACCAUAACUCCUCGUAAUUUACUAGAGAGACUUGACGGAUUAAACUGCACCUGGAACCACCUCCACUUGGUUAACAUUGAAAUAGGUGCGAGUUUUGGAAAUUUAUACUUUUGUGCUGCCUGUCAAUACAGGACUAUAGAUAUUCUCCAUGAUGUUUCCAAAGAGGACACAUAUCACUAUACAGAGGACAUUCAUACGACAUCUCGCGGUUACAUCGGUAACAUUAAAAGGAAUGAUCUUACUAUCCUCUCAGCUCCAAGGUAUGUGAACGAGGUACAUCUCUUUUGGCGGACCGGGGGACCAUGCAAUCCUCCUCUCUUAUGCUACGAGUAUGAGGGAUCCAAACUCUGGUUUAAAAGACACUGCGGAGAUUUACACUGGAGACCUCUUGUAAACCGAAAAUUGUCCAGGGACUAUGACCCUAGGGAGAUACAGAAGGUCCUCAAAAAAACUCUAGUCCCACGUGUUACCAUCAACCUCAAGGAGAGUAGGCCAUACAAUCCCGCCGGAAAUACCACAUACUUUGGAGUUUCUGAAUCCAUCACUGAUGCGUAUGUAAGACUCAAGCAUACCAAAGUCCCGUUUGGACCAUUUACAGUCAAGAAUGACAAGCAUGGUCAAACUAGGCUGAAUGGUAUAAAGUCCGGUGAGAAAUUGGAGAGUAUAUCUGCUUUUUACGAUGGACACAAUCCUAUCGGUAUACCCCUCCUGAUUGAACUUAAAUCACAGGGUGGUACCACAUUCAAGUACUAUAAGAGAAGUAAAAACAAAGCUGCAUGGACAGAGCUUAAUCGACCAGGAGAGGAUGCUAGACCACUUGUUGGCGAAGAAUUGAGGACGCAACUUGAGAGAAUGAAGAGUCAAGAAGAAGACUUACCCACAAAGAGUCCCCAAAAGCUCUCCAUGAGUUCCGGGAGCGAGACUAGCCGGUCCCACAACAUCGGAGGAAUAAUAGUCGGGACAAUUGGCACUAGCAUCGGAAUAGCUCUAUUAUCUUUUGCAGCGUUUAAACUGUUCAAUGUGACAAAGUGUUUCUUUAAAAGUAGUCUAUAG